CGGCCGCCCCGCCGAGCCCCGCUUCCCUCAGGCGCUGUGGGCGCGGGAGCCGCUCCCGUCCUCCUCCUCCUCCUCCCUCGGCAGCUCCGGGCACAGCGAUGAGGCGCGCAGGGCUGGGCGAUGGAGCACCUGCUGGUAACUAUGGCUAUACCAAUAGUGGAUACAGCGUUUAUGAAGAAGAAAAUGAAAGGUUAACAGAAAGUCUGCGUACAAAAGUCAGUGCCAUUAAAUCACUUUCCAUUGAAAUUGGAACAGAAGUUAAAAACCAAAAUAAAAUGUUAUCAGAAAUGGAUAAUGAUUUUGACUCUGCGGGUGGACUUCUAGGUGCAACUAUGGGCAGACUGAGAACACUCUCCAGAGGAAGCCAGACAAAGCUAUUAUGCUACAUGAUGCUUUUUGCACUGUUUGUUUUUUUUGUAAUAUACUGGAUUAUUAAACUGAGGUGAUGCAUGUUAUCUUCGGUUUAAAUUGUGUAAUUUCAACUAUAAAGCAGUCUUAAUUAAUGAAGACAUUGAUCUAAAGUGGCAUAUUCUGUUGAUAAAACACAGUGAAAUUGUUGUAAAUUGCAUUAACUAUUAAUGCAAUGUUAUAUAUAGUUUUCUUAAUGUAUCAGAAUUUUUCCCAUCAUCCCCUGUUUUGGGGGGAUUAUUUGUAAAUACGCAGAAAGUGCUAGCAUAGUAGGUUGCUUUUUUAGGGGAAAAUAGUUUUUAGAAUUCAUUUAAAAAAACCAGAAAACAACAGUUGUUCGGAUAUGAAGUAAUUGCAGAAUUACAAGGCUUUCUCUUUCAUUCUGCUUUUCAUUCUGGGCCAUGCUCUAAAUUAGAGCUCCAGUUUCAGGCAUAUAGUAAUUUCUAGGUUGCGAAAGCACGAAGAAUACUUGGAUCUUUCUAAAUUGGUUUUAUCUGUGGAUUUCUAAAAGGCUGGCCUGAAGCUAACAAAUGUAAUAGUGGUACCCCCAAAAGUUAUUUUUGUGGAUAGGUCUGAUAGUGUACACGUUUAAGUAGCUUAAACUGUGUGUUUUGGGGAGAAGUUACUUAAAACUGGAUUUUUUUAAUUUAAAUAUGACAAAUCAUGCUUACACAUCUACUCUUUUAAGCAAAUGCCUUUGAUUAUUGAGAUCAACCAAUAUGGACACAGUACAAAUGUUUUCUUUAUAUUUAAAGUACCUAAAACUUAAUGAUUCCUUUGAAUCACUAGAACUUUUACCAUUAAUAUGUUUACUUUUCAGUCUGUGAUGAUCCCUAAAUCUACACUGCAUGGUCUGAAAUAUGAGGUCACAUAUUUUGGAUUUUAUAUUAAAGUCUAUUAUGAUGCACCUGUUUGAGGUGCUGUCAUAUUAACAGUUUUUAUUUUGAAGACUUAGCUUUGACUCACCAGAUAGUUUCUAAUAGUUGAAGCUAUUACAUUGCUGAGUUUAACAUUAAAAAAAUUGUCUCCUAAAUACUGAAAUUGUAUCUACAAUUUUUGAAAAACUUUUCUAGAAAUACUGUAUAAUGUGUUGUCAUUAAUACAAAUUAUGAACUGACAAAUAAAGUGUCCUGUAGUAUUGUAGCUAGUGUUGUUUAUAUACAUUCUUUUCUGCUGUAGAAUACCAGUGUAUUUUUUGGAAAUGGUGCUGCAUUUAAAGGGCUAUACUUGUGUGGGGGAGCACUAUUAAAAUAAGAAAUGGGGUGCAUGCUACAUGUUAGAUUUCUUAUAUAAUGGAAGUAUGACAUGUAAGUCACUUAU